AUGACAACGGUGUUCGUCCAUUUGCGCCGGGUGGUGUAUCUGUUUGUUUUUAUCCAGUGCUGUGUGUGUGCGGUUCAUGCGGGGAGUGGUGCGGCGGCACCGGAAGAGAGGGGCGUGGUUAAUUGUUCGGGUGGAAGAAUCCCAGAAGAACUAAACAGUCUCGCGGAAGUGAGCAAAGAAUAUGCACCGUUUAUAACGCAGGCGAAACAUCCGUUGGAGGAGGCAGAGAAAUGUUUGUUAACAUGGCGGUAUGACGUGGUUGUGUGUAACAGAAGUAUCACUCAUAUUGCAGACGUCGUGAAUACCACUGUCCAUAUUCUUUAUGGUGUUAAGAAGAGCACCAACCGUGAUGAGAAGAAUCUGAGAGAGGAGCAGGGUCGUUGGGUGGGUCUUCUAUCUCGGGUUAAGGGAGUGGAAUUGCCGGACCCACAGCCGAUAGAGUGCGGUGACCCAAGAGUCAAGGAAUUUAUGGAUAAUAUUAAUAAGACGGUUGGGGAAUUCAAUGGUAAUGUCACAGAGGUGGCAGGUCUGGUUGAGAAUGCGCGUGCCAGUCGGUACUUAUGUGGGCCAUACCGUCAGGGAUUGGACGUUGAGUUGGCGAAGUGGAAGGGCGUCGGGGUCGACUGGAUAUUGAACACUUCGAAAAAGGACGAAAACGUGGUUUGCAUGAAUGAAACAACGAGGGAAAGUGUCGCAAAGGUCGUUACGACAUACGAUAAGAUCGUUGCCGCCUUGGAUGACAUCAGUAAUGCCAGUGCUGGAACGCAAGUCUGUAGGGUGAAUGCCGGAGUGAGUUGGGGUGAAGAUCUGAAAAAGAUGUUGGGGGAGAUAAAUGGCAUUUGUCACGAGACACUUGGGGAAAGGACGCUGCCAGAUGUAAAAAAGGAAGCUGAGCCGGAAAAAAACCUGAGAGAGGUUAUGACAACUGUGACGAGAACCAAACCCGACACUUUAAAAAAUAAACCUGAAACGGAGUACAAAACGCGAGUCAACGCAGGGUACAUCGACAAGUUUAAUGAGAGGAAGGAGGAAGCAAAGCGGUGGAAGGUUGAAGAGGAUAGGAGGAGAGUUGAAGAAGAAGAGGCAAGAAAACUGGAGGAGGCGAAGAGAGUUGCAGAAGAGAGGGCAAGAAAAGAGGAGGAAGAAAAGAAAAGGGCUGCUGAAGAAAUGGCAAGAAGGGCCAGCGAAGAGAAAAGAGCUGCAGAAGAAAUGGCAAGAAAAGCGGAGGAGGCGAGGGAAGCCACAGAAAAGGCGAAACAGGCGGCACAAAGAGCCAAGGAAGAAGAGGCGAAACGGGCAGCAGUAAAAGCUAAGAAGAAGGAUGGAUGCAACAGUCCUGCAUUUUUGCUCAGUCCCUUAUUGUUUCUUGUUCUUUUGUGUGUGCUAGGCAGCACUCUCGUUUGCUGA